CUGAAUAGAAAACAGGAAAGGCUGGGGAGAGAUUAGUACUGCACUCUGUGGACUCAUCACUCAAUGAAACGACAUUCUACAAACAACACGCACACUCAACCUGAGAGGAACUGUGAAAGGAAAGGAGCAAGUUUUGUUUACAACCUGGAAAACGCUGUGGACUUUUUGGACGUUUUUUGAUCAGAACAAUGUUCAUAAAUAACUUAUAAAUAUGGAUCAUUACAGCAAAGUGAGCACAGAGAUACCAGACCUAAGAAGGUUCUGAGUGACUAUGCAACUUUCUGGUAGGCUUUCCAGAACAUAUUUGUGUACAUUGUGUUAUUAGAAUAAGUUAACAGAUGUGGAAUGACAUAUAUUUUAAAUAAAUAUAGCAAAAGGAGGGUGUUAUAUUCUUAAUUCAUUCAUUGCUCCAGAUACUGCCCAUCUGGUAUUACUGUACAGAGUGAAUUAAAUGCCCAUCUGUGAAUCACAACAUCAUUUGGAGGAUAUGACAGAUGUAAAACGUCCUUUCUAGGAUUUAAGAACAGAGGGCUUUCUGUAUCUAUUGGUUUUCCUACUGUGCCGACGCUGUUUCAGGUGUAAUCUGUACUCUUGUACGUGCAACCAAAAGAAUGACCUCUAUAUCUUGUACGGUUUUGAUCUCACUCUUGGUUCGGUUCUCGUGGGCCAGCUGUCCUCAUGGCUGCCUGUGCACCUCUGACAUCCUAAAUUGUGGCUCGCUGGGUCUGGACCGAUUUUCCUCUCCAAUAUCUUUCACAACUUCUGUCCUGGAUCUCAGUCAUAACAGACUAACCUGGCUGGCAGCAGGCACCUUCUAUGGGCUCCCAAGGCUGCACACUUUGCAUAUGUCCCAUAACCACAUCUCGUUGCUCAGCCCAGGAGCUUUCCAUAACAUAAGCAGUCUACGAUAUCUGGACCUCUCCUCCAACAAAUUACAGGUGGUGGGGAAGUACAACUUUCAGGACCUGUUGGAGUUGGAGGUGUUGUUGCUCUACAACAACCGCCUUACCCGUGUGGAAAGCAACACCUUAAUGGGGCUCAGCAAUCUCAGAAAGGUUUACCUCAGCCUCAACCAGAUCACCGACUUCCCUUUCUUCACAGUUCGCAAGCAAAGCCAUCCCAACCUGGUGUCGCUAGACCUCUCCUCCAACCGCCUGUUUCGAUUACCUAUGGAUGACAUUGUGUUGUUGCCUGUGGUAGUGCAAAGAGGCCUAUUCCUGCACAACAACAGCCUGGAGUGUGAUUGCUCUGUAUAUCGCUUGUUCUGGCAUUGGGAACAGAAGGGAUAUGCAAGCGUGAAAGACUACAAGGAGGACUAUACGUGUCUGAUGUACGGCGAGCCUCAAAUAUCAAUUCAUUUUCUGCGCACCUCUCAGUUAUUCGAGAACUGUACAAUAGGGAAGAUGAUAUCCCUCAUCUCCCCAAAGACUGAUAAAGUUGUGUACGAGGGAGAACAAGUAAGACUGGACUGCACUGGAACCCUGAAUGGGGAAGAUCUCUCCUACAGUUGGAUAAUCCCCCAUCAAGAGAACAUCUCUCAGCUGAUUCAGAAUGGAACCCUACGUCUGAAUAAAGAUGGUAGCCUGGAUAUUAUUGCAGCCCAGUCAACAGAUUCAGGGGUCUACCUGUGCACUGCUGUGGAUAACACCAGGAUGAUCAAUGAAUCACGAGAAGUGAACCUUACUGUCUUAGCCCAGCGCUCCAUGGAAGAGCCGUUCAACACUGGCUACACCACCCUGUUGGGCUGUGUUGUGACACUUGUACUGAUACUCAUGUAUCUGUAUUUAACCCCAUGUCACUGUGGUUGCUGUAAACCCCCUCCUCCCUCUCCAGCCAUCUCCACCUUCGGGGAAGACAGAUGCACUCUGGCCUCUAUUUUUGCAGCUCCGUCAACUGGAGAUCGACUGAGGGGCAAGUCUCAGUCCGACAGGCAUGUAGUGUUUCUUGAGCCACUAAUGGAGGGGGAAAACGGCCAACUGAAAGAAGCAUUUGUUGUUGAACAUUCCAUAAUUCAAUGGGACACAGAAAACGUGACAAUUUGCAAAGAUAGAUAUGACUCAGAGUAGCAAACCUGUGACUUCAGAAUACUUCAGGAUUUCUCAUAAGAAUAGUUCACCAAAAAAAUAAAAUGUACUUAUCCUUAUGUUGUUUCAAUGCUGAAUGACUUUCUUUCCUCCAUGGAACACAAUAGGAAAUGUUAGGCAGAAUUUUAGGGAAUGACAGCCUCGGUCACCAUUUACUUUAAUAAAGCACAACAGUGUCCGCUUACUUUUUCAGCUAUUCUGGUUCUGGAAGUAUUUUUCCCAUUCAGUUUUUUCCAUGAGCAACUGAUAAAGUACUACAUAAAAUAAUUCUAAGCCAUGAACCAAACCAACCAGCUUUGGUGAGUCACAUCAUUACAAACUUCAAUUAGAAGCAAAAAAGAAUUUGAAAAUCGGUCAAAAAAGACAAAGGUAGAAGACUUAGUACUUAAAAGGAUAGUUAAUCCAAAAAUGAAAAUUCAUUCAUCAUUUAUUUACCCUCAUGCCAUCCCAGAUUUGUAUGACUUUCUUUCUUCUGCUGAACACAAACUUAAAAAAAGUAAGACAUUUCCACAUGUUGAAGUGGUUUGGGAGUGUAGGCAGACCGACUUGAUUGCGUCAUUUGUAGUACAUCACGAAAGUGGGUGGUCACAGCUGUGCUCUUUUUUCAAGGUUUGCCACGAUUUUCUGAUUAGUGUUUUUUUCCCCUCAGGAUCAUGGGUUUAUAAGUAAACAUUAAUAAUCAGUUCACCAAUGAAAAUUUUUUUCCCUAUAUUUUAAAUCAAUCCCCCUAUUUAAAAUAAAUAUUUUUCUUCUGGAACUAGAUUGUGCUAGUAAAACAUUUUCUCGCCACAGUGAUUGGUGACUGAGGCUGACAUUCUGCCUUUUGUGUUCCAUAUGAAAAGAAAGUCAUAGUCAGGUUUGGAACAACAUUAGGGUGAGUAAAUUAUAACAAAAUAUGAAUUUUUGGGUGAACAAUCCUUUUAAGCCUGAUUGAACCAUGGGGAGCAGCUUUACAAUUAAUCUGCUAUAAUUCCCUAAUAAAUUGUUAUUUUAA